CGUUGGUUGUUUGUCCGUUUGCCAGGUUUGCCCUGCGUCCAUCAAGUUCGACAAUCCAAAAAAAAUAUAAAAUACUUGCUUAAAGUGUUUUACCUCAUCAAAACAUUCAAUGGAUAAGGCAGGCUCUUUUCUCCUCCCGUAACCAUGGUGAACAGAUAACCGCUUCUCCGGCCGUCCUGACAUCAUGGGUACCUGCCUCUGCAAAGAGCUCCAGCGCUCCAUGGCGGUAUUGCAGGGUGAGGUGGAGGAAGGGCAGCCCCCACCUGGACAGAACGACCUUAAUCCUCCUGACGGCAGCACCACCGAUAAGAUCAGCAGAUAUGAUAUUGGAGAGCUAGCCACUUCUUCUCUACUUGGCUUGGUGGCCACCAUAAAGGACCACAUCACCAAGCCCACUGCGAUGGCCCAGGGCCGGGUGGCCCACCUGAUAGAGUGGAAGGGCUGGGGGGGCGGGGGAGGAGAGGCGGGGGCUACCGGUGGGGGCGGAGCCGGAGAGGUGUGGAAGGGCCUGGGGGCGGAGCUACAGGACGACGAGCUGCUCUACGCCCAGAUGACAGACGAGAUCAAGGAAGCUCGCUUCGCUGCAGGAGUAGCCGCACAGUUUGCCUUAGCGGAGGCAGCCAUGGAUGUCUGCUUCACGGACGAGAUCGACCGGCCCUCUGUCAGCUGGGAAGCCACACAGAGCCACUACAUGGCCUACUACCUGCGCAACGGAGGUGUUGUCGGCGUUCCACAGUGUCUCCACGACAACCACCCGGGCGGCUCGGCCAGCCCCCUCAGCUACCCCACAGAGCCCCCGCCCCCGGCCGUCCUCCACCCAACGCCCCCCCCUCCGUCCUCCGUUCCCGCCCUCGCCACCACCGCCCAGACGCACGGAGCGGUCUCGGGGACGCUGGAGAGCGGCCGAAGGCUUCAGCAGUUUGAGAGCAUCUCCCUGUCGGAGGACGAGGUCUUCUAUAACUAG